CGCCGCCACUCCGCUCGGCUCGGCUCCGCACACAAGCAGGUGUAUGUUCAACAUGGCGUUCACGAUGCCUGGCGCUGCUGCUGCUGCUGUUUCUCACCAUCUCCUCCUCUGCCUCGCCGUUUGGGCACUUAUCAUCGGGAAAGGGGCUGCACAAGAGAUCGAAGCUGAUGCCCAGAAUCUGGUGACGGACGAUGUGGUGGUGGUGCAGGGUGAGGUGGCAACCAUCAGCUGCCGAGUGAAGAACAAUGAUGAUUCUGUUAUUCAGCUGUUGAAUCCAAGUCGACAAACAAUUUACUUCCGGGAAGUUCGACCUUUGAAAGACAACAGGUUUCAGCUAGUGAAUUUCUCAAGCAGCGAACUACGAGUCUCGUUGUCAAACGUUUCUUUAGUAGAUGAAGGGAGAUAUGUCUGCCAGCUUUACACAGAUCCUCCCCAGGAAGCCUUUGCUACAAUUACAGUUCUUGUCCCACCAGAAACACCGACCAUAGAUGCAAACAAGGACAUCGUGAGUGAAGGGGAAGAGGUCGAAUUCACAUGCAGUACCACAGGUAGCAAGCCAGCUGCUGAGAUCAAGUGGUUGAAAGGCGAUCAAGAGAUGCAAGAAAGCACAGGUAACGUGGAAGAGGACCCAAGAGAAGAGAAAUUGUUCAAUGUCACGAGUAAGCUGGUGCUGAAAGUGAGUCGCCUAGAUGAUGGAUUACCUGUUACCUGUCAGGUAGAGCAUCCAGCGGUGAAGGACCUUCAGACGAUGAAGGAUUUGCAAGCACAAAGAUAUUUGGAUGUACAAUAUAAGCCCCAAGUGCAGAUUACUCUGAGCUAUCCACAAGGCCUGACGAGAGAAGGCGACACUCUCGAGCUGGUUUGCACAGCCAAUGGGAAACCACAGCCUAAACUCAGCUGGCAACGAUUAGAUGAGGAAAUACCUGAUCGUGCCAUUUUGACUGAGAACUUAGUACUUGAGUCUCUAAAUAAAACUGACAAUGGGACCUACCGCUGCAGGGCCUUCAAUGAUGUUGGAGAAUCAUAUGAUGAUUAUGUCUUGUAUGUCUAUGAUGCACCCACUACUACCCCACCUCCCACUACAACCACCACUACUACCACAACCAUCCCCACCAUCACCAAAGCCACAUCGCCGACGACAGAACCAUCAGCUCACGACUCGAGAGCAGGCACAGAAGUUCCAAGGUCUGUAGACCACGCUGUCAUCGGGGGAGUGGUUGCUGUGGUUGUAUUUGCCAUUCUGUGCCUGCUGAUUGUACUUGGCCGAUACUUUGCAAGACACAAAGGUACAUAUUUCACACACGAAGCCAAAGGAGCUGACGAUGCAGCAGAUGCAGACACUGCCAUUAUCAAUGCAGAGGGUGGACAGAACAACUCCGAUGAAAAGAAAGAGUACUUCAUCUAAAUAAAGUGUAGUUACUCUGAGGUGUCCAACUGUGGACGUACUUGCAGUUGGUUUUUAGCAUGGUGGUGAUGACUGAGACGUGUAUGUACACUUGGGGUCAGGGGCUAGGGUGGGGAAAAGUGUUCAUUGGGUUGUGAGUUCCACAGUUUGACACCUCUGUAAAUGCCGAGCCAGGCUUGGACUUAGUUUAGUUCUCUCAUUUGCAGAAAACUCUGUGCCUUGUUUUCCCUGCAAACGCUCCAGCCUUUGAAUUGCCAUUGGAAGCUCCAUGGACUUACAAGCUCACUUUCAUUUCUACACUUAAAAGUAAUUUUGUUAACGCGCUCUCUCUGUCUGUGAGGGGUGAGCUGGCGUGGCAGUUCAAUUUCCGCAGAGGGACACGGAUCGAGCGUUUUUCUGCAAGUGAGGCUUCUUGUGGCGAGAUCGACUCUAAUUUCAUUCUCUAUAUAUAUAGACUGUGCGAUGUAGGAUACCUCAAACUGUCUGGCUGUGUUCUGGGCAUCUGACAGAACUUUCAACAACAACCCUAACCAGACCUGACAGCUGAGGUCUGUGCCUUUUUGCAAGUGGACAGUUUUGAGUUAUCACAGUGUGAACAAGCUUUGUUCCAGCCAGCUCUUGUUUUAAAAGAUCUCAUCAGUCUUUCCCAAUUGGCCUUACUUCUCACUAAUUUGUUUGCCAAAAAACUUGAAAGCUAUCUACAUUCAUGAUUCCCUGUCAGCAAGGUUAUUUCCCACCCCCCUACCCACGACCCCAAAAGAGGCAAGAUGAGCACUGCCUGGAGCAAAAGUUAAAUGUUACAUGUUGAAGUCUGGAUUCACACAGUACAGUUUGGCUCAUAAACACUAGCAUGAUUUAAAAAGGCGUAUCCCUUUGUUCAUUGUGCAUGGUUUAUAUUCGAGAACCUCUUCAGAACAACCACUGCUUACAUGGACUGUGUGCAUAGAUCUCUUUUUAAAGGGCAGUGUAUUUUUUUUAAUCAAGCCAGUGAUGCAAGUGGUUAGUCCUUGUGCCAUUGUAUAAUGCUAUUCGUAUUCUAUUUAAAGAUUUAAUUAAAAUUGAUCAAACACUGUACAGGAGGCUGUAGUAUUUAAUGGAAGUUCUGUGUGUAUCCUGCAUUUUACAUUCAUUCUGUGUCUGCCAUCAAAAAGGGAUAGUGCCUCUUUAAAGAAGAGUGAAAGCUGCCUUAAAAUAUUACCUUUUUGUGUUUAGCAUAAGCAUUUUCUUCUCUGAAACUUAUCUUUGUUUUGCAGAGGAGACCAGAUUCAGUUGAAGUAUCGUGUUACUGCUUUAGUUGAAAAUUGUAAAGAAAAUGUUUGCAAAUUCUGAAAAUGGCAUUUCACAGUUUUGGCAUGAAGGUAAAACUUUUCGGCAGUUGUUAAAAUUAUCAUCACCUAAACUGUUGAGCUAAAUUGUAGGUUAAGGUUAAUGAAUAUUGACUUAUUGAUGGAAAGCAAAAUCUCUUCUCCUGAGUUCCAAUAAGGGUACAUGGCCCAAUUCCGACGUGACAUAGCUUUACCUGAAGAGUGUUCGUUUUAGGGUUUUUUUUUAAAUUUUUGGUUUGCUUUGAGAUUUAUUUUGGACAGAUGUUACAAAGUGCGAAACACUAUCAUACCUUUAGGAGUAAAACGGGGCAGGAAUGGGGAGGGUGAGUUAGCCUCAGUCUUUCUACUGGAACUUGUGCUAACCAAGGAGUUAACAAGGGGAGCAAGGGUUUGGGUACAGAGGGACAUUAUAAUGAGAAAGUGUUGUGCUUUAAAAUUUAGAGGAUUCUUAUUGAGCCUCCUCACUGAGUUUCAAGAAAAUGACGAAAAAUUGAGCUGCUUAAGUAUUAUGAAAUGUAUACUUGAUAACAAAUGCUCAGUUCUCUAUACAGUUGCAUAAGAAAAAGGGUCACCAAAAGCAGUGAAGGGAAUGUGAUAACAUACUCAAAAAGUGAUUUACUGUGUCUCGUCGCUGUUUUAAAUAUGGUUUCACAGUCAUUUGCUGUAAUUUUCCCCCACUCCUUUAGUUUGAACUGUAUUAUAGUGUUAGCCGUGUUACUGAAGUAGGCCUUUUUUUUUAAAAAAAAGUCAAAUAAAAAUUAAAUUUGUCAUGUCUCAGGAAUAUGUGUUCUGAUAGGCGUUUGCAUCUCGGGCAGAAUGCAAAAGAUAUGCCCCCCACACAUUGAAAACAAAACGUGGCAAAUUCAGAGUUUUAGUUGUACAUGUUUUUUGUGUGUACCCUCUUCAUUUUUUUUUUCUCAAAUGCAGUGCACUGUUUUAAUUGUAAAAUGUAUUACUUUGUAUAGAGUUAGUUCAAAUGAAUUGGGUUUUUGUCACGUGCGAAACAAGUAUUGUGCAAAAUUGGUUAUAUAAAAAAUGAAGCAUUAAUGAAGUUGAAGAUUCUUGCUGUGUUUAUAUGCCCAAUAGGUUUGAUCUUUAGGCACUAAAGCUGAUUGCUUAGACCAUCUCUUAUUUCUGGUGUACAUGGGCAAUUUUUGUGUAUUGAUAGAAUCUCUCAUAUGUUCCCACACCAUUUUUUUUGUAUCAGUUCAUGUAUGCCAUUUUUACAGGAAAAAAAAAUACAAAAACUACUGAAGCGUUCUGGUCUUCUUAAUAAAAAAAAGUUAAAUGUUCCAAA